UCAAAGCUGACUAUGGACAAGUCUACAAACACAUUUCGGCUUUCUCUCAUUCUCUUCUCUUAUACAGUCUCGUUUUGCAAUUGAUCCAAAUUAUCUGAAAUUCUUCCCCUCCAAGCUUAAACACCUUCUUAUACUUUUCUAGCACCCCCAAAUUAAACUAUCUGGACAUCAAGAUAUCUCCUUUAUUCGUUUCUGCAAUUGGUAUUUGAUUAAAGCUAUUAGUCAUCAACAUGGCGGGCCGUUACGAUAGCAACCCUUUUGAUGAAGAGGAAGAAGUUAAUCCCUUUUCUGAUGGAGGGAGAAAAGGAACCACCGGCGGAGAAUCAAAGUUUAGUGGAGGCUCAUUUUAUACAACGACUACUGGGAGUGCUCCUUCCGCUACAAAGUCAAGGCUUUCACCUCUUCCACCAGAGCCUGCUGAUUUCUACAAUCCUACAGCCCCAGUUGAUAUUCCUCUUGAUAAUACUUCGAAAGCGAGAGAGCUCCAGGCAAGAGAAGCUGAAUUGAAAAGGAGGGAACAGGAAAUAAGGCGGAGAGAAGAGGCCAUUGCUCGAGCUGGCAUCGUUAUUGAGGAGAAAAAUUGGCCUCCAUUUUUUCCUAUUAUUCAUCAUGAUAUUGCAAAUGAAAUACCAAUUCACCUUCAAAGGCUUCAAUAUGUUGCGUUCACAACCUUCUUAGGAAUGUCCUUUGCACUUCUCUGGAAUAUUAUAGCUGUGACUACUGCGUGGAUUAAAGGAGAAAGUGUGAGGAUUUGGUUUCUUGCAAUAAUCUACUUCAUAGUUGGGGUACCUGGAGCCUAUGUACUAUGGUAUCGCCCACUCUACAGAGCUUUCAGGAAAGAAAGUGCUUUCAAGUUUGGAUGGUUUUUCCUGUUUUACUUGAUUCACAUCGGAUUUUGCAUCCUUGCUGCGAUUGCGCCCCCUAUUGUUUUCCGAGGAAAAUCUCUGUCAGGUAUCUUGUCAGCCAUAGACCUCAUAGGCGACCAUGUUCUGGUUGGGGUUUUCUACUUCAUUGGUUUUGGAUUGUUCUGCCUUGAGACAGUUCUGAGCCUUUGGGUCAUACAGCAAGUAUACAUGUACUUCCGAGGCAGCGGCCAAGCAGCGGAGAUGAGGCGCGACACUGCCAGAUGAGCCGCGUGAGCAGCAAUGUAAUAUCUGUUGAAAUACACUUGUUCUGUGGAUGGAGGAGUGUUCCUCCUUUUCUUGUAAUAUGUACUAAUAGAUUGACUGAUUUUGAAACACAGACACAACUUGAAGGCUCCUGUAAAUCUAUUACUACUCAUUUAUUUAAUUUUCUCUCUUCAAA